CGGAGCCGGUACUGGAGCUCCCGGGGUUCCCGCGCCGCCCCCCCACCCGGCCCCGGCCCCGGGGCCGCCCGCCGCGCCCCUCCCCGCCGUCGGGGGGCGCGCGAGACAGCGGGGAGCGCCGCGCCAAGCCCGGCCGCCAGGGGGCGCCCCAACCCGUCGGAGCGCUGCGCCCCCGGGGCGGGCGGGGCCGCCGCGCAUGCGCACUGACACCACCCCGCGUCCCGCCGGCCUGGCCGCAGUGCGCCUGCGCGGGCGCGCCGCACCGGCACGGGACGGGGACGGGGACGGGGGCGACGCCGCGGGGCACCAUGGCUGUAGGCACGGGUACCUCCCUGGCGCUCUCCUCGCUGCUCUCGCUGCUGCUCUUCGCUGGGAUGCAGAUGUACAGCCGGCAGCUGGCCUCUACCGAGUGGCUGACCAUCCAGGGCGGGCUGCUGGGCUCCGCGCUCUUUGUCUGCUCCCUCACCGCCUUCAACAACCUGGAGAACCUCGUCUUUGGCAAGGGCUUCCAGGCCAAGAUAUUCCCUGAGAUCCUCACCUGCCUCUUGCUGGCUCUCUUUGCCUCUGGCCUCAUUCACCGAGUCUGUGUGACCACCUGCCUCAUCUUCUCCAUGAUUGGGCUCUACUACAUCAACAAGAUCUCUUCCACGCUCUACCAGUCCACAGUGCCUGUUGCUGCUCCCGCCAAAGCUGUUGGCAAAGGCAGGAAGAGGAAUUGAUGUCCUGCUGCCCCUUCUGUGGGGCAGCCCCCUCCCCACCAGGCUGGACUGUGGCUCUCAGCUGCCCAAUAAAGCCAUUUCUUUAUAA